AUGUUUAGGGAUUCUGAACCCAACAACUCCAACGUAGAACCCAACAGCUCCAACGUAGAACCCAACAGCUCCAACGUAGAACCCAACAGCUCCAACGUAGAACCCAACAGCUCCAACGUAGAACCCAACAGCUCCAACGUAGAACCCAACAGCUCCGACAUAGAACCCAACAGCUCCGACAUAGAACCCAACAGCUCCAAUAUAGAACCCAACAACUCCAAUAUAGAACCCAACAGCUCCAAUAUAGAACCCAACAACUCUAAUAUAGAACCCAACAGCUCCAAUAUAGAACCCAACAGCUCCGACAUAGAACCUAACAGCUCCAAUAUAGAACCCAACAACUCCGACAUAGAACCCAACAACUCCAAUAUAGAACCCAACAACUCCAAUAUAGAACCCAACAGCUCCAACGUAGAACCCAACAGCUCCAAUAUAGAACCCAACAACUCUAAUAUAGAACCCAACAGCUCCAACGUAGAACCCAACAGCUCCAACGUAGAACCCAACAGCUCCGACAUAGAACCCAACAGCUCCGACAUAGAACCCAACAGCUCCGACAUAGAACCCAACAGCUCCGACAUAGAACCCAACAGCUCCAAUAUAGAACCCAACAACUCCAAUAUAGAACCCAACACCUCUAAUAUAGAACCCAACAGCUCCAAUAUAGAACCCAACAGCUCCGACAUAGAACCUAACAGCUCCAAUAUAGAACCCAACAACUCCGACAUAGAACCCAACAACUCCAAUAUAGAACCCAACAACUCCAAUAUAGAACCCAACAGCUCCAACGUAGAACCCAACAGCUCCAAUAUAGAACCCAACAACUCCAAUAUAGAACCCAACAACUCUAAUAUAGAACCCAGCAGCUCCAAUAUAGAACCCAACAGCUCCAACGUAGAACCCAACAGCUCCGACAUAGAACCUAACAGCUCCAAUAUAGAACCCAACAACUCCGACAUAGAACCCAACAGCUCCAAUAUAGAACCCAACAACUCCAAUAUAGAACCCAACAGCUCCAAUAUAGAACCCAACAGCUCCGACGUAGAACCCAACAUUUCCAAUAUGACGCUCUGA